AUGGCGUUGGGUAGAGUGCUUGUGCAUGCGUUAUUGUUUGCGACCCGACUGCAAAAGUCGACAUUUGAAUCGACAGAGAUGGAACAACUGGUGCAUGAAGGAGACCGUUCAUUCAUACUACGAAUCGAUGACACAUCCAGUAGUCCCAGGGACGAUGUAUUUAAGGCGACUAUCGCAUCGAUUUUUAUAAAUAGUGACGAUCACGGAUUCGAUGCGAAGGUAGUGGUACCAGCGAUCGAAAUGGCUAUCAGAGAAGCGAAUAAAAUAUUUAACCGUUCAGUUAGUUUCAACUACGUAGCACGGAUCUCGAAUGAAAAUUGUGACCAGAACACUCUUGGUGGGUUAGCGGCCCAGCUCUAUUAUCGAUACAAUGUGAGCGUUUUCAUUGGACCCGGUUGUGAAAUAGCGCUUGAUCAUGUGGCACGCAUGGCCGCAUUUUGGAACGUGCCUUCAUUUAGCGCAGGAGGCAUUGACCAGCGCUUUGUGAGGAAAGAUAUUUAUAGUACUUUGACCCGAAUGUCAUAUUCGGUUGAUCGUAUAAGCCUGUUCCUUCUCAAGAUACUAAAGGAAUUUGUCUGGCACAACAUCGUUAUACUCGUCGAUGAGUCUUCUUUCAUCGACGCCAGUACAGCGAUCUCUCUUGAGAAGCUGCUCGCAUCGCAGAAGCUGUUGGGGGACUUGGGCGAAAAUCACGAAGUGUUCCCGGACAAAGUAUUGUUCAAUGGCUCCGACAGUACCGCAUCAAUCUCAUGGAAGUUGAAGCUGGCGAAAGACAAAGCUCGUGUGUUUCUUAUCCUCUCGAAAGCCGAAGCUCUUCGGCGCGUACUCCUCGUCGGACACGACCUCAACAUGAACAAUGGGGAAUUCGUUUUCAUCAACGUUAACCUGCUGGGAAACGCCGUCCGAAAUAACCUGACGAAGGUUCUUAACGAAGAUUACGACGGAAACUUAAUGAAGGUAAAAGAGAUGUUCAGCUAUGUAAUGGUGGUAAGCGCCAUGGUCCCCGAAACUGAUCGCUUUCGUCGCGAAUUCAAAAACGACCUGAUUGCCUUUAUGACGUACAACAUGAAAAAAUAUGGCCUUACAGAGAUUGUCAGAAAGGAGGAAAUUACUCCUGUCGUUGCUGCAUUCUACGACUGCGUAAUGCUCUAUGCGCUAUGCUUGAACGAGACAUUAACUAACAAGGGUAACGCAUAUGACGGGAAGACAGUUGUUAGAAACUUCUGGAAUCGAUCACUGACAGAAACCGAACAAAAUAGUGUCGGCUUUAUUGGAAAUAUCACGCUGGGCCCCAAUGGGGACCGAGAGGCGGACUACACCCUUCAAGUAUGGAGAAGCCCCAAACUAGGAUUUCAGGUGGUGGCUCGCUUUAUGGGCACUAUUCAGAAAUUCGACAUGAUGCGGGGAAAAGACUUCAUUUUUCCGCGAGGAAUUCCGCUCAAUAGACCUCGUUGCGGCUUCAAGGGUGAUCAUUGCCGUGACGAUUUCCUACGAAAUCUUAUAAUAUCAGUUGCGUCAGGCUUCUCCGGAAUUAUUUUAAUCGCUAGUAUAGUUACUCUCAUAAUCGGCCGUAAACUGAAAUACGAAUCCCAGCUGGCUGAUAUAUGGUGGAAAAUUAGCUAUGAGGAUCUGAUUUUUUCCGAUAGGAAUACGGACAAAAGUCGAGGAUCCCUGCCAUCACAAGGAACCUCUUCAGUCGCCAGUCGAUCUAGUGCCGCAGAAUCGAACUUCAAAUCUACGUCGAACGUUAGCACACUGAACAAUUUAAACCUCUUAGGUAUCAGUGUUGCCACAUAUAAGCAAAUUCGUGUUGCCGUUAAAUCACUCGACAUAAAAAAGCUUCACAUAAGUCGGACUUUGCUGAAAGAAAUGAAAGAGGUGCACGACCUUAAUCACGAAAACUUGGUGCGAUUCAUUGGUAUAUGCCCAGACGAACCAAAUCUUGUCACGGUUACAGAGUUGUGCACACGAGGAAGUCUUAGGGAUAUGCUGGAGAAUGAAUCCAUGAAUAUCGAUUGGAUCUUCAGAUAUUCGAUGAUCUCCGAUGUGAUCGAGGGCAUUCACUUCCUCCAUAAUUCUUCGAUUGGUUUCCAUGGACGACUAAAAAGCACGAAAUGUGUUAUCGAUAGUCGCUUCGUCGUCAAAUUAACCGAUUUUGGCCUUCCGUCGUUGGCGGAACAAAUUCCCGAGCCGGACAUCAAAAAUCUGAGAACGUAUUUCUGGACUGCGCCGGAAAUUUUGCGCAGCCGCAAUCCCCGACUGAAUGGAACCAAAGAGGGAGACAUCUACAGUUUGGCUAUCGUGCUUCAGGAAGUGAUCACACGCUGCGGUCCAUUUGAAUCCAUCGAGCGCCUAGGUAGGGCCAAGGUCAACCUCGAACCAGAAGAAAUUCUUGAUCGUGUCAAGAUGGGCGUGGUGCCGCCCUUCCGGCCUGAGGUAUCGGCAGAUGAGUGUCCACAAGAACUUCUGCGUCUCAUGAAGCACUGCUGGGCUGAAAAUCCCAACGAUCGUCCGCUGAUCGCAGAGGUGAAAGCUCGCAUUAAAAAGAUCACCAAGGGAAUGUCAUCGAAAAACUUCUUUGACAACCUCCUCCAACGAAUGGAGCAGUAUGCAAACAAUCUCGAAUCCAUAGUAGAAGAGAAAACUCAGUCGCUCAUUGAGGAAAAAAAACGAACCGAUGAAUUACUCUACCAGCUUUUACCAAGGUACGUAGCCGACGAGCUCAAGAAAGGAUCUCAUGUCCAGCCAGAAUCCUUCGAAGAAGUAACAAUUUUCUUCAGCGAUAUCGUAGGAUUUACAACACUUUCGUCGGAAAGUUCCCCGCUUCAAGUUGUAACACUACUCAAUGAUCUCUACACAAUGUUCGACGCUGUUAUCGAGCAACACGACGUUUAUAAGGUCGAGACGAUUGGCGACGCCUACUUGGUGGCGUCCGGCGUGCCCAUACCCAACGGAAAUGAGCAUGCACGAGAAAUAGCCCGAAUGGCUAUAUUACUUCGUGAGAACUUGACCACAUUCAAAAUUCGGCAUUUACCCAAGCGGAAGCUACAACUGAGAAUUGGCAUUCAUUCAGGACCCUGUGUAGCUGGUGUAGUUGGUCUCAAAAUGCCUAAAUAUUGCUUAUUUGGCGACGCAGUAAAUACCGCUUCGCGUAUGGAGACGACGGGCGAACCGAUGAAAAUUCACAUUAGUAAAAGAUGCAAGGAAAUACUGGAUGGAUUCGGAUCGUUUGUCUCUACUCUUCGAGGAGACGUCCAAGUUAAGGGCAAAGGGGUGAUGACAACAUACUGGCUAGAUUCCGAGCUCGGCCGAAGAUCUACGAAGAGUAUGGCUCCCCAGGUUGAUCAAGUGAUCGCUAACGUGCGCGCUGAAAUUGAAGCUGAUGUACCUUCUCUGACCCAAGAAAACAUUAACGAGAUCAACAAGAUCGUCAGUUCUUAAAGCUGUACCAGAAAUACGUUUCAAACAUAAACAAGGCUACAUUUUCAGACGGGAGCGUUAUACACCCCAGCCGUACGCACGAAACAACUUUCCACUAGCUUAUAACUGAAGUGUAUUACACAGCCGUCCUCAGCACACAUUUGUCAUAUAAAAUGAUGACAGUGCUUUCCCGUUAAAGACCACAAGUUAGGCCAGGACAUAAGCGAGUCGCUGAAAUACGCCUUUUUCGACGUGGUCCUAACUUAAAGCGUCUAUUUAUUCAUUAAAGCGUCUGUAAUGAAGAAUAGGUUGCUUUUAAUUCCAAAAUGGAGGAAUAUGGUGAAUUACGGUUCAUUUUAAUUGAAUCAUAUUUUUGAUUCUUCUGAGAAAGAAAUUACCUUAUUUCCGAAUUCGUAUAGUUAAUGAAAUUGAUUAUCGUGGACCAUUUACCGGCCUGCCGGCGAGAUUCAAAAUAGAAGAAUGCAGCUGAUAUUACGCCGACUUGGACUAGCCAUUAAAACGAAAAAAACAGAUGCAUUCUUAAUUAGUAUGGCAGUACUUGUUACUAUUACCCUAGACUAUUAAAUAUGACGAAACGCUUUAGACAAUUGUUUUAUACGGUUUUUAAAUAAUAAUCUCCAUACGAAUAUGGAUCACAGCCACUCGCCAGUGGUUAGCUACAAAGAGAUAACAUAAGUUAGUCAACACCCCAAAAACAUUUAAAAAAAAAAACCAUAUCUUGGGCUAGGUAAAAAAAAUCGACCGUAUAUUUCUGCAUCGCGUUACAUGCAUACGUUUUUCGGAUAUGGGUGAUUUUUCACCUAGAUAGAAAAUCGGUUAGCAUACGGUAUACACACACUAACUGUCUUGAAGGUCGAAAAAAAAACUCAAUAACAACAUCGUGUACCAAACAAGCCGACUAGUUAGUCCAGACACCGUUUAUCCACUUAUAUGGUGCAAUCUCAAACGGUUUCUAGCUUACACAUUAAUCUUGUACGGAGGACAUGUCACCGGACAA